CGCGGAGACGAGCUCAUUCAUCAUCAUCAUCAUGGCUUCUCCUCAGUAUACCACACGCACCUUUACCCUCAACACGGGGGCCAAGAUGCCCGCCGUCGGGCUCGGCACGUGGCGAUCCGCGCCCACGCAGGUGCAGACGGCCGUCGAGGCGGCCCUGCGCGCGGGCUACCGGCACAUCGACACGGCGGCGGCGUACGGCAACGAGGCCGAGGUGGGCGCGGGGAUCCGGGCGUCGGGCGUGCCGCGCGGCGACAUCUGGCUGACGACCAAGCUCGACAACCCCGAGCACAAGGACGCGGCGGCGGCGCUGGACCGGAGCCUCGCCCGCCUCGGCACCGACUACGUCGACCUCUACCUCAUGCACUGGCCCAGCUCGACGGACCCCACCGACCUCAAGAAGCACCACCCGGACUGGGACUUCCGCGACACGUGGCGCGAGAUGCAGAAGCUGCUCGGCACGGGCAAGGCGCGCAACAUUGGCGUCUCCAACUUCGAGACCAUCAACCUGGAGAAGCUGCUGGCCGACCCGGGCUGCAACGUCGUCCCCGCCGUCAACCAGAUCGAGCUGCACCCGGGCUACCCCUCGCCCGAGGUGGUGGCCCUCAACACGAGCAAGGGCAUCCACAGCACGGGAUACUCGUGCCUGGGCUCCCAGGACUCGCCCUUUUAUAAGGACGCUACGCUGCUGCACAUCGCCGAGGCCAAGGGCAAGACGCCCCAGCAGGUCCUGCUCGUCUGGGGCCUGACCAAGGGCUGGAGCGUCAUCCCCAAGAGCGUCACGCCCUCGCGCGUCGAGGCCAACUUCCAGAUCGACGGCCUCGAGCUUUCCGACGACGACAUCAAGGCCAUUGACACCAUUGCCGACACCCUCGGCGUGUACAAGGUCUGCGACGACGAGUGGCUGCCUAUCCGCGUCUUCGACAGGAAGCUCAGGAACUGAGAGAGACGUCUUGUGAAUUCUGGGCGGUCGGGUCGCGGACGACAAUCGUGCGUGUGCGGGGGAGGUGGCAUGACGGAAACCUUGGUGGGAUAUACCUAGAUUAUAUAGAAGCAAGGAGUUGUUUUGUGUUUGUUGCAUCAGUCAACGUCGUAUCGUGGGCCGAGUGAUGCUCAAAGUGUAACUUGUGCUUGAAUAUGCAUGGAUGUAUGUAUG